GCCUGGGCCUGAUGGGCUUACAUUACAGAUUCAAAAUCGGAGAAAGAAGACUUCGCCGCCGCCGCACAGUCUCAGUAUGGGUGGUGGUGGCGAUCGGAGCAGCUGCUGCAGCAGCGGGGAGGAAGACGGAGAUGCCGAGUGGAUGGCGGCCAUAAACUCGGUGAUCUCCUCGGAAGUGCACGCCUCUAAUGGCGCAACUCAUCAACAGAAAGAUGAAAAGCACAAACCCAAAGGUCUCAAGCAUUACCAAAUCAAGGCAGGAAGGUUACUGGAAGACCUCUUAGACAAGACUCUCGAAGUGGUCUCAGAAAGAGCUCCUAUUGUGGAGGAAGAUCCAGCUCCAGAAGAUGCUGGAGUUCGACUUUUCCGAACUGCUCCUCUUGGAAUAGUGUUUGAUAAAAGAGAAGAGCUGCAUGGACCGAAGAAGAGACCAAAAAUCAUUCCUGGAGAAGAGCUGGAUGAGAAAUCAAAAGAGUUUAGGAAGCAACUUAAAUCCGUAGCUGUUGAUGGAGCGGACAUAAUUGCUGCAGCAAGUAGACAGCGCCAGAAGACCUUAGCUAAACGUGAAGCACGUGAAAGUGCUGCCAAGGCAGCAGCAAAACGAGAGGAGGAGCGUGUGGCUGAGCUGAAAAAGAUUAGAGGAGAAAGAUGGCUUCCUAGUAUAGCCAGAGAAAUGCGGGUAAAUGCUCAGAGUCGAAGGUAGUUUAUCAUGGCCUUCGAUGUGCUGCUGUUAGACCAUUUAUCUCUCUUCUGGUCUGGAGAAUUCAUAUUGUUGUGAUCACAUAUUGCAUCCAAGUGGACAACCUUUCAUCACAUGGUGAGAAAAUGAAACAGUUUUAGAUUAAAAGGUCAAGAACUUGAGGUGAGAUGAGUGUAGAAGAAGAAACAGCGUAGUUUACUAGUACAAUAUUGAGUUUUGGUAUGGGCUUUAUUUAUUUAUAUUGUGCUUUUUAUAUUUGCUUUAUGAGGCUGCAUAUGUUAUUUGAAGUGUAUUGCUUCACUUGGAUGAUUUAUUUUGUUGUUCAUAAAACAAUAAAUUAUCUUAACCUAGUUCAA